UGUGGUUUGGUGUAAUAUUCAUAAGACACGGGCUCUACCAGGACGGUGUGUUUAAAUUUACUGUCUAUAUUCCUGAUAAUUACCCAGAUGGAGACUGCCCGCGCUUGGUUUUUGAUCUGCCUGUCUUCCAUCCGCUAGUAGAUCCUUUAUCUGGUGAACUGGAUGUGAAAAGAGCAUUUGCAAAAUGGAGGCGAAAUCAUAAUCAUAUAUGGCAAGUAUUAAUGUAUGCCCGCAGAGUCUUCUACAAGAUUGAUACAACUAGUCCUCUGAACCCUGAGGCUGCAGUGCUGUAUGAAAAAGAUAUUCAGCUGUUCAAAAGUAAAGUGGUGGACAGUGUCAAACUAUGCAGCAGUCAUUUAUUUGAUCAGCCCAAAAUAGAGGAUCCCUAUGCAAUCAUUUUUUCUCCAUGGAAUCCAGCUAUACAUGAUGAAGCUAGAGAGAAGAUGCUGACUCAGAAGAAGAAGCCAGAAGAUCAGCACUGCAAAAGCAUGCAUGUUUCUGGCCUGUCAUGGGUAAAGCCUGGCUCAGUUCAGCCUUUCAGCAAAGAAGAGAAGACAAUGCCUACUUAGCCCUUCUGGAUGAUGAUGCACAAAACGCUUUCUGUGGGUGGAAGGAAUGUAAUGGAGGGAGAAACAGCAAAGCAGCACUUUGCUUCUUGACUACGGUUUAGUAAAAACUGAAUGGUGACUCCAGUAAACCUGUUCAAUGGAUUACUGACUCUUAAUGUUUUACAUACGCAUUAGGUUUUAAAGGCUUGCCUGGAGUUUGGAAGUCUCUCUUGAACACUGCAGUACUUCUACCUGAAGACUGUCUAGGGUGGGUAAUUCCUCAGGGCUCUGAAAUGCCUGGAGGUUUUGGGUUGGUUUUUAAGCUUUUUUUUUUUUUUUCCCCCUCCAGGAAUAGCAAUUUUUUUUUUUUUUUAAAAUCUUAAAUUACUGGCAGAAAUAUUAGCAUUGGAAAUAUGAUGCCAGAGGUAAGCUGUGUUCAUGUAAACUAAUAUAGCAGAGUUAAACACUAUAUUUAAUGGUUUUAAAUACUUUUGGUUUCUAUUGUAAAUAUAUUAGGAUUUGAAAUUGUAAAUAGACAGUUCAUUGACUCCAUUAGCACUUUCCAGAGGUAAAGCUGGGGAUGAUGUAUGAUGUAUUAUUGAUUUGUAAAUGGAUAUUGUCACUAAAGCACACAUUAGUCUGAGAGGGUGAAAGCAGAAUGUCAGGCUUGUUAGACUUUUAUUACAUAAACACUAAAAUCAAAACUCUUAAUGGUGGUCUCUUGGGCUAAUAAAAUCUUCGACGAUUUUAGAUUCCCUAGGUGUUUAGGGGAUUACUUAGGGUAGCUUCACUAAUGUGUGUUAAUAGUGACAUCUUAAAAUAAAAAGAAACCGUGAUCUA